UCAUAGUUUAACAAUUGUCAUUUGAUACGAUGAUUGUUGUUAUAUUUAAGUAUAAAUAAAUAAUAAAUAAUAAAUAAAAUAUCAAUCAUGUCUGCAGUGGUUCAGUAUAAUCUGUCUAGUUUUGUAAUAUUUACUAUAACAAUAAUGAAGGUAUCAGACAAACCGUGGUAUGUCAUUGGUAUGAGUAAGAUAUUAUGUAGUAUUAGUUUGUCCGUUGUCAACAGUCGACGUUAUAUAAUUUUGAUAAAAAUGGAAAAUUUGAGAAAUUUUGUAAUCUUACAAUUUCAUGAUGGUUUAGAAAUAGUUAAUAAAAACUGGAUAAUUGAUGAGAACAAUUACUUUUAUCCUGUGGGAGUUAAAAACAAAAACGAUUACUUCAAAUUAUUAAACACUAUGGUUCGCCCAGGAUAUCACAAUGAUAAAUAUAAUUGGGUACCGCAUUAUACAUUCAAAAUAUAUGGUUCUGAUGAUGUGUUUGAUAGAGCAAUGAGUAAAUUAGCACUGGUAAAACAUUAUAACAAUGUCAUUUAUGGGGCUGAUUCUAAGAAAUCAUGUAAAUGUAAUGGAUGUGUCAACAAAUACUACCCUCCACCGACUCCACCAGAAGAAAUAAAUUCACACAUUUUCGAAAAUAAAAAGAAUAACAGUGUGCCUAAAUCCAGGCUUUUGAAAUUUCUUACGCCUCUACCGUGUUUUAUGAAGCAAAAACCGACCACCGUUCCAUUUCCAUUUCAUAGCAGCAUUACUACUAACGUCGACACUAAAGAACUUUCGGCUGAUAACUUAAACAAAAAUGUACCAACCACUUCCACUCAAAAUUUGACUACAACGAUUAACCAUUAUCCUAAAAAAGAUACUCCAGUAUCCAAGCUUUCAACACGUAUUACUCCUUCCUAUGGGUCAACGAAAUUUAAACCAUUUACUGCUAAAUUUCCGCCGAAAAGCACUACCAGUACCAGAAAUAUUUCUGGUGGUACCAUCAAAGACAAUAAGCCAGGUUUUUCCACUCAAAGCACGACGUCUCCGAAGAAUAAUUUAAUCCCACAGCUGGCUAUGUCGGUACCAACACUAGAUGUGUCCGAUCGAACCAAUAUUCUUUUUAAAAAAAUAGUCAGUUUUGAACAAAUCAUAACGGACAUUAAUUUAAAAAUUACAAGAUCAUUGGCUAAUCAAGAAAAAAUUUUCAAUUUAAUAGAAGAACUAAACCAAAAAACGUUAGCAGAAAAAUAUGUAAACAAUAAGGUGACGGCAGAAUUUGAAGACAAUUUUACUUCGAACUUUCCUUUAAAAACAUUUGACGAUGUACUUGAAUUGGAAAAAUUAUUGAUUGAAAAACAAAAUUAUAAAUUUUUGAAAACCAAACUCUUAUCAUACUCUGGUGCUGACUUAAAAUCGUUAACAAUAAAUAUCUUGACGAGAUUGUUUACAAAUAACGUAGCAGCCAAAAUAAUGCUCUCGAGUUCUAACAUUAAACGUUCUCCAACACUGGAUGGCAUGUUUAAAAUCAAACUUCAAAACAAAAUAAUAUACAAACUCGUUAUAGAAGUCUUAAUGCAAACAUUCAAAUGUACCGAAGAGCAGAUUAAAGUACCAAUUCGUAGCUGGUUAAAACAAGCCAAAGAAAAAAACAAUGAAGUUAAACAUAGCAAAAAUAGAAAGCAAUGAAUUUAUGAUAAAUUUAUAAAAAUUUAUCAAAUCAUUCAAAUGUUAUAACAAAAUAACGAUGAAAGUGGUUUUUUAAAAAAAAUUUAAGGCAACAUUUAUAAAAUUAUAAUUUAAACUUAUCUCUUAUAAAUACGA